AGCAGAGCCACCGCCACGGGAAGAAGGGGUGCUUCUGGUGGCAUUUCACCUCUGUAAGUGAAUUAAUGCAGGAAUGCCGGAAGAUACAGUUUCACAACCCCAGGCUGUACAUAGCCAACUGGAGAAGCCAUCAAGUACUGCAAUUCUCUGCAAUACCUGUGGAAACCCAUGCAAAGGAGAAGUUUUGAGAGUUCAGAACAAGUAUUUCCACAUUAAGUGCUUUGUUUGCAAAGCUUGCGGAUGUGAUCUGGCUCAAGGAGGAUUUUUUGUGAGACAGGGAGACUACAUCUGUACUUUGGACUACCAGAGACUCUAUGGCACACGGUGCUUCAGCUGUGAUCAGUUCAUUGAGGGAGAAGUGGUUUCAGCACUGGGCAAAACCUAUCACCCAGACUGUUUUGUGUGUGCUCUCUGCAGGCUGCCUUUCCCUGCCGGUGACCGGGUAACUUUUAAUGGGAAGGAGUGCAUCUGCCAGAAAUGUUCCCUGCCCCCUUCCAGCAGCACCGGCUCUUUUCCCCUACAGAACCUCCGGAACUGUGGGGGCUGUGGUUCAGAAAUAAAAAAUGGGCAGUCACUGGUUGCCUUGGACAAACACUGGCAUUUGGGCUGUUUUAAGUGCAAUACAUGUGGCAAGCUGCUAAAUGCAGAGUACAUCAGCAAGGAUGGCAUUCCAUAUUGUGAAAUGGACUAUCAUGCAAAGUUUGGUAUCAGAUGUGACAAUUGUGAAAAGUAUAUCACAGGAAGAGUGCUUGAGGCAGGAGAAAAACACUAUCACCCGAGCUGUGCACGAUGUGUCAGGUGCAGUCAGAUGUUUGCAGAAGGAGAAGAAAUGUAUCUUCAAGGUGCAUCCAUUUGGCAUCCAGUUUGUAGACAGGCUGCAAAGGCUGAAGAAAAAAGCAAGGAAACGAGGACUUCAUCCGAAAGUAUUAUUUCUGUACCUGCUUCAAGUACAUCAGGUUCCCCAAGCCGUGUGAUCUAUGCAAAGCUUGGAGAUGAAAUUCUUGACUACAGGGAUUUGGCUGCUCUUCCUAAAAAUAAAGCCAUCUAUAACAUUGACCGCCCAGAUAUGAUCUCCUAUUCUCCAUAUAUCAGUUACUCUUCAGAUGACAGGCAUAGUUACGGAGAGGGUGAUCAAGAUGACAGAUCUUUCAAGCAGUACAGGACAUCCAGUCCUAGCUCUGCUGGGUCACUGGGCUAUGGUCGCUUCACUCCAACCUCACAUUCUCCUCAGCAUUAUAGCAGACCAGCUGGUACUCAGAGUCUUGGUACCAGUAGCUGCAUCUCCCUGCCCCAACACCCAAGCCUUACAUCUACAUUCAGACAUCAUUACAUCCCUUUCUUCAAAGGCAGUGAAAGUGGUCGGAGCACUCCAAGCUUAUCCAUGUAUUCAGACAGCAAAUCUUCACCUUCUGUCUAUCAGCAGGCUCCUAGGCAUUUCCAUAUUCCAGACACUGGUGUAAAAGAUAACAUCUAUAGGAAACCUCCUAUCUACAAACAGCAUGCAGCAAGAAGAUCAGAAGGGGAGGAUGGAAGCUUGGAUCAGGACAGUAAGAAGAUAAAGACCAGUUGGCUUAUUCUGAAAGGGGAUAUGGACACCAGAACAAAUUCCCCAGAUUCAGACACACGGUCCCUGUCUCUUACUGCCAGAAGUGACAGAGAAAACUUCCCAAGGGCACAGGAGGGGACUGCUGGCUACUCCCGAUUUCCAUAUUCCAAAUCUGCUUCUCUGCCUGGCUAUGGCAAAAACGGCUUACACCAGCCUGAAAAUAUGGGCCAAUAUGAAACAGACCAGGAGGCGAGCUGGGGAAUGAAAGAAUACAAGGUAAGAAGGGCUUUUCCAGCACUGGAAGAACAAUCAGAUUCAGCACUUCCUAGCAAGAUUUAUCCUUAUGAAACACUUAUUGUAACAAACCGAGUUCGUGUGAAAUUGCCUAAGGAUGUGGACAGGACCAGGUUGGAGAGGCAUUUGUCCCCUGAAGAGUUCCAGGAAGUCUUCAAAAUGAGCAUUGAGGAAUUUGAUCGUCUGGCACUUUGGAAGCGGAAUGACCUGAAGAAAAAGGCCCUGCUUUUCUAGCCCCUCCCAGAUAAAAUAUGUGCUUAAUCAAAACAAAAAUAGUCUUGCCAGAACUAUCACAUGCACUUGCUGUUGAACCAUUGUCCAGCUUCAUUGUGUUAGUAUGUGUUGGGGAAACAGGACAGAUUAGAUGGCAAUGCACUGGUAUACAGAGAAUUUGCUAAUCUUGCCUGACCAGAUGGUUUUGUCAGUAACUCCUGGUCCUAACCAGUUAACAGUGCGCAAAAAAAUCCAGCUUUAAAUUUACUGUUGCUUGCAGUUACUGCUUGAUGCAAAUGGAAAUUACGAAAUGAAGAGAAAAAGUGUAGCUGUGACAAAGGAUAUGUGUCCAGCAUCUUGUUCCAUUAAGUUUUACCACAUAAUUUUUACAAAAUUAAGUAAAUCAUGAAUAUAGAACUCUCCAACGGGGGAUCACAUGCUCUUAAAUAUAUGGUAAAAGCCAAAGAAAAGCAUGUCCACAAGCAAUUAUUGCAAUUGUUUAUGCGUGGUACUUUUUAAGAAUGAAAGCAAAAAAAUGGAAGCACCUUAAAUCUACUUAUACUUUAGACACAGCCUACUCUCUAAAAGGUCAUAUUUGUCUAGGAGGUAACUAGCUAUCUUUAUUACAACACAAGACUUUUUAUUUUAUUAAGAAUAUAUUGUGACAAAAAACAGUUAUAAUGACUAAAAAUGUAUACAGACCUACUUAAAAUUGUAGUCCCAUUCAUCAGGGAAACUGAAGCCUUAUAGAAAACUGGUUUAAGAGUGUAUUGUGCCACUUAACUGUGUUGUCCUACUGGUUUAGGAUGUUUGAAGAACUUUUUUUUUUACAUUUCAUGCUGACAGAAAUACCAUGUAAUAUUAAUUAUACAUAGAUAGGUCUAUCUAUCUAUAAAAGUAUUCUUUUCAUUACUAUAUGUCCUAAGUAAAGACAUUCUUACUUUCUCCACUUUCUGGCUUUACACAGUAAGCCAUGAGAACUGUGAUGGCAUUUGGUAGAUGUGAAAAUGGAACAGUUCGGCAUAAAAUGUAACAAAAAAAGCUUGGUGUGCUCUAUCAAUAAUACAUGCAAUUAGAAUCAAGUAUAUAGAAAAAACCCUCAUGCAUUACUACUUGCAUGUUUCUAUACAAACAAGUUUUGAAAAACAACCUAUCUUGAUAUUGGUGCAGUACCUUGAAACUAUCAUAAAUAACAAGCAAAGCUAACAAAAUCUGAGGAGUUUGAUAUGAGCGUUAGACCUUAAAUCUCUUGCAGUGGAAAGACUGUAUUAAAUUUAAUCAUUUUAUAUGGUCAGAGGAAUGGUUGCAGACAAAAAAUGUUUUAAAGGAGUUGCUAGUUUUGUGUGAUACUAAAAGAGCAUUACAAAAAGUACAUUUUUCAGCCAUGUGUCAGUAUUGUGCAUUUUUACUGCCUUGAAUGUUUGUACUCCCGACUUCACUGUCGUUUUGCAUUUCCUUAAAGUAACUGGUAUGCACUACAACACGCUGGUUCAACUUAUUUAGCAUUGGAAAAACCAUAGCAUUGAACAUGCCUUCUUCUGACUGACUUUCAGAAUCCAUGCUCUUGAAAAUAAAUAUUUUCUCAUGAUCUAAAUGUUUUGUCUGACAAUACAAACGUUUUAAAGAAAUCAUUAAAACAAACACCUAACUGAA